AAGACUUCAAGGAUUCAGAAUCAACGGGAGUGAGAGUUCUCUGUUUUUAAUGCAAUAAAUAUGUUCUCAGUUUGAAGACGUUGACCUUAACUCGACGGUUAAUUAAAAGAUCCAACCAUGACGCUGCAGUUUACGUACAGCCGCCAGGACUUUGUCACAGAUGUGAGACGAAGGAGUGAAAAUUGUCCGGAAAGGGUGCCACCGCCUACGAGGUUUGACACAGUCAUCCAAGAUGGCUGGACAGACAGGAUGGACAGAGGGCUUUUCCGCUAUCAUCUGGGUGACGUAGAAACUCGCAUCCUGCCAGGCUCUUGUGGCUAUGUGGCUCAGCUAAAUAUUCAGCGAGGAAAAGAAAGAAGAAAACCUCAGGAGAUACUAAACAUUAAGCAGGAGUUCAUUCCAAGUCAGUUUAACUUUAACAAAAUCAAUCCUGAUGAAAUUAUAUUUGAGAUGAUAAAAACCACAGAUGCAGGCUUAGAGAUGUCUGACGGACAGGUGCCUCAAACCUGCAGGACAGUUGUGCUGAUCAAUGUGAGCCCGUUGGAGUUUGGACAUUGUCUCUUUGUACCGGAUCCUUCAUGCUGUUUCCCACAGAUCCUGACAAGAACCGCAGUCCAGGUCGGUAUUGAGUCCGUGCUCUUGAGCUCCGACCCCAGUUUUUGUGCGGGGUUCAACAGUCUUGGAGCCUUUGCAUCUGUCAAUCAUUUACACCUUCAUGGGUAUUACUUAGACCACAAGCUUAAGAUAGAAUCUAGCCCAGUGAAGCCUUUGGUACCUGAAAAAAGAUUUUAUCGCAUACAGGAUUUCCCGCCAGGAUUUAUGUUUUACGCAGAAUCCGAGGAGGUGGAGAAUGUAGCAAGAAGCAUCUGUCAAGUCACAGACUUUCUUGUGGGUGAAAACAUUACUCACAAUCUGUUCUUUACAAGAGGAUGUCCGCCAUGUGAUCACAUAAAGGGCACAAAGGAUUGCAGUUUAAGAAAUGGUGUCCGGGUUGCCAUCUGGCCCAGAAAAGCCUGCUUUGGUACUAAAGAGGAAACUGACAUGUGUGUUGCUCUUUGUGAGCUGGGAGGACAUUUACCAUUUAAAAGCAAAAAGGAGUAUGAGUGUGCCACGGAACAAGAUGUUGUGAAGAUAGUACAGAGUUAUCUUCUACCCGAUGAUGAGUUUGACACAUUGGAGCGGCAGCUCUCAAAUCAUUUAUUGGCAUCAUAAUGCACGGAAAGGAAUUUUAAAAAGAACACAUUCAGUACAUGGAUUUCUUUUCUUUCCGAACUAGAAGUUAAAUUUUAGUUCAGUGCUCUCCCGUUUUGGUGGCAAAAAGUUUCAUAAAGUAUUUCCGGUGUACAAGACUUGGUAAAAAAAAAAAAAAAAAAUCAGUUAUUGUGAUUUCCAUGGAAACAGUUAAAAACUAUCAACGAAAAGUAUGCAGUUUAAAUUGACGCUGUAUUUUAAUGCAUUUUCUUUUUUGAAAUGUGCUUUUUUUCUGGUUUACAAAGAAAUCACAAAGUACUUUGAUAUACACAAUGAUUACAAACAUUAUAUUUAGCUAAAUAUCAUUGUGGUUUAAAAGACAAAGAAUGAAACCCAUCUGUACAAACACGAUGAGCGAGCUGGAUGUUGAACUCCUUGUGCAUGUGGAUACUGUACGUGUAUGAAUAUGCUAUUUUUACUUGCUAUAUGAUGUUGAAUUUUGCAAGGACGAAAAAAG